UUAAAACUAAAACAAAUAGUAAUAGUAAAAAAAAUAAACCUAGCUGCACUUUCUCACUCUCACCUCCGUCCUCUCAUCUCGACGCCGCUUCUCCGCCUUCUCCGUUCUCCCAGCUCGCCGCUCGCACAUCUCAGGAUUGAAAGGGAGAGAUGAAGAAAGGGAUUCACCCUCAAAUGCAAUGGAUAUCCUAUGUGACCCAAAGCGGCCGGCUUAUGCCCGUGAUGAUGACCAAGAUUCACGAGGCUGGUAAAGUAUAUCAUUUGCGAGCAAAGCGGCAGAUGGCUCAGAACUUAGGGCAGAUAGCCAAGUUCAAGCGUAGAUAUGGAGAAAAGGAAGGGGAAGGGGAACCUGUAAAGGAAAGCGAAACUGGAAAGAAAUGAAUCCACUGAGGUACUAAAUGUAUGGUAGACAGCCUUGUUUUCUGUUUUGGGACUUAGUUAUGAUGGUUACUACUCCGCCCCAUUAAGAUUCGUACAGUUCUGUACUGAUGCAUGCACGUCAUUAUCGAUUUCUAAUCAUAAUAAAAUGUGCUUGUUAUC